CGUCCACUGCCUCGGUCGUAGUGGCCAUCUGUCAUCAUCCCCUCCUCUCCUGUUCUUUUGUAUGUUCAUGUACUCCGUACAGCGUACUCCGUACAUGUACAUUGUACUUGUACAUAUACAUACAUCCUACCCAGCGUAGCCAGCCUAAUGUCGUUCUUCUUGUCCUUCACCAUCAUCCUGUGCUAUCCUCAUCCUCACUACUCCGUAUUAUUAUUAUUGAUGGACGGUUACUCGCUGUGCCACCCCAACCCACACAUCUUCCCGCAGCUAGGCUCCCCCUCCCUCCCUCCCUCCCCACGUUGCCGCCAGUUGAUGGUUAUAUUUUUCCUUGCAUGACCUCGCCCUGCUAUCUGGUUCGCCCGAAUCGUCUCGCGUGGAUCCCCUUGGGUCCCAGUCCUGUGGUACAUUGUACUUGUACUUGAAGUACGUAGUAGUAGUAGUACUCUGUAGUAGUCGUAGUGUGGGAAAACAGUCCAACUUCCGAACGCCAAAACGCAUCGUAUGGGGUAACUACGGACGGGAACCCAGUUAAAAUAAUAAUAAUAAUAACUACGAUCUUUUCGCCGGUCGGAGACUUUUCUUUUUAUUUUUUACCUUCUUUAUUAUUUUUACGACGCCUGUCAGUGCGUUCUUUUUGUUGUACGCUUUUAUCGUCGUUCCUUUCUGCCUCUACUGGGCGUGCCCCAUAAUUGGAAUGGUCAAUGGUCGGAUAUGACGGUCUCCUCCAUUCUUAACUAGCGGUCAGAAUCAGAGACGAUCGAUUUAAUCAUAUUUUUUUUUCCCUUUUUAUUAAAAAAAAUAUAUAUUCAAAAAAUAAAAAAAAAGAGAGAGGAAAAGGGAAAAGAAAAAAGGAAAGAAGAAGACUUUGCUACGUCCGUCUCGUCUGCAAGCGCGUCUCUCCCUCUUGACUCUAUCCAUUCAUUACCUUUUUUCCUGAACGACAGCAGACGGGGGCCGCCUGUCUCGGCAUCAACCACUUAACUGGAAAAAGAAAAGAAUCCCUGGCCGCAACCAAGACGAGGGGAGGGGGAGGAGGAGUAUAGUAUGGCCCAACACCAACCGCCAGUGCCUCAUCGCUUAUCCAGUCUCUCACCUUCGCCAACCGACAAACUACUCCCUCGCCAAUCCAACAUACCUCCUCUUCCCGGCCUUGAUAGGCUCAGCGCCCAGCAUCCACCAGAUCGCCAUCGAUAUACCGCAAACAACAACAUUAUUGUUGAUCAUGACUUUCUGACCAAGUUCAGCAAGACAGUGCGGACAGCAAGACAGGUUGAAAUACCACCGUCUCCCUCACUGACCAACAGCGGUGGAAGAACGGGAGAAGCAAUUAAUGGAAAUCUGAAUAUUGGAACCGCAGGGACAGGUGUCAUCCCGCAGAGACAAUUGCGCCCAAGGGCGUCGUCGCCCCUCUUGGGCGUCCGUUAUCAAACCCGUCCUCACGAGCCGCUUCCGUCCUUUCAUGCAAAGGCUCACCCCACCCUGCGCCAGACCGACUCAUCUUCGACUACCCUUUCAUCUCAUGAUCCUUUGAAACCGCCUUCGGUUGUUCCACAGCAGGCGCAGGCACCGGCGCAUAUCCAAACGCAGACCCAGGCGCCCAACAACGCUCAAAAACAAACACCGGCAUCGGUUCCCUCCAGGGAUCUGGCUUUUCGAAGCAACGCCUAUUCUUCCAAUUCGUCGACCGAGCCCAAUUCGACAAACAACGGGGACCCCUCGCAGCGAUACCCGCAAGAUCAGAAGGAGAAGUCGGCGUCUUCAUCGCCAUCGUCAUCGUCAUCGUCAAAACCCAAACAUCGCCCCCUGAUGAUUGACCUGUCGAAGCUCUUUCCCAAACCCAGCGAUCCUUCUGUCCAGCGUGACGUGCCGCUAUUAUCCCCCCACCGGAUGACAAUGUCGCCAUCACCCGUUUCCCUACUGUCAGAUGCCUCGUCGUUCGGUGCACAGCAGCGGAGACUUGGCAGCAUAUAUCAGACAGUGAAUAAAUUGACCAAGCCACCUAGUAGUAAGGAACUUUCUGCUCUUCGCAUGCAGUACGAACAGCAGCAGCUGCAGCAACAGCAACAGGGACGGCAACCUUCCGAGCCGUCGCCGGCUUUCCCGCCGAGUAAUUAUUCUCCUAGUCUUUAUGACGGACAACAACAGCAACAACAACAGCAACAACAACAGCAACAACAACAGCAACAACAACAGCAACAACAACAGCAACAACAACAGCAACAACAACAGCAACAACAACAGCAUCAUUCUCAAUCGUCACAGCUCCCAACCCCACAACUCUCCCGUAUCUCUUACCAGCAGCAGCCGGUGAAAAAGGAGAAAGAACGCUUCUUCCAGUGGGGUAGACGAGAGAGAAAACGGCGUGAGGAAGAGCAGCAGAGGCAGAAGCAACAGGAAGAGGAGCAGCUUCACCAACGCCUGAAACAAGAGCAAAAGGACCGAGAACGGAAGCAACGGGAGAAGCUUGAACGGGAACAGCAGCAAAGGAAGCAGGAACAGAUGCAACAGGAAAAGGAGGAGCAUUUCCAGCGCCAGAAUCGUGAGAAACAAAGGAGAGAGGAACAUAAGAAGAGAAAGGAGGAACCAGACCAGUAUCAACGACGCAGGAAGCAAGAACCAAAACAACAGGAGGAGGAGCAACAGCAGGAACUGCAGCAACGGCAACUAAAGCAACAGCGGCAAGAGGAGUUACAGUCGCAACAUUACCAAUUCCCAUUCCACGAGAAGCGCGCGAGGCAACAAAGGAAACCAUCUGUCGACUGGUUUGAUGGACCGGCUGGACACUUUAGUGAUGAUAAUGAGGGUGGUGGCUACGAUGAUAAUGCCGAAGCCGACGAGCCCACCCAAUAUGGUAUCCAAAACCCGCAAUCUGUACCCCAGUCAACGUAUCGGGAGUCUGCCUAUUCCCGUGGCAGCGGUAAUCGGGUUAGCGUGCAUUCAAAUGCCAUGAGCGGAACGUCAAGAGCCUCAAGCCGAACGCUAAUACUCUCUCCCGUUCCCGAACCUGCGAAGGAAGCCACCCCCGAACUCCAUAGCAACACUAGCCCCUUAUUCAACCCUGCAACCACCAGAUUCCAUACCCUUUUCCAUGACUGGGAUCUUAACAGCCCCACUCCACCUAGUGUGGGAUCACCGGCUAUCGCCUUUGGGGGUUUGUCCAGGAAAAGUAGCAAGAUCACUUUAAAUAAAUCAGACCUUAACGAGUCUAGUGUGUUGUGUCUUUCGUCUUCAGAAGAUGAGGCUGACGAGGAUGAAAUGGAGGUAUAUAAUAAGCCUGUCCAGCAACGUGCUAUUCGUGAUAGCAUCGCCACAUUCGAUGAAGGGGUGGCCGAAAUUUUCAUAGCGAAAGCCGUUUCCGCCUCUCGCGGUUCUUCUGUGCCUAGAGUCCGAAACACGAGCCUUCCCCCUCCGCGAAUUUCGCGCGGCCACUCAACCUCCUCCAACGUUAGAACCCCAAGCUACCGCCCUUCGAAUGGCAUCCCCACCAUCUCGGAGCCAGACAGCCCCCCCAAGUUCCGCCCCUCCACAUCCCCCUCCCCUGUGCCCUCGACUACAGCUAACCCCAACCUUUUACCCUUCGAUUUCCAACUGCCCGUCCCCAGCACCCAGAAUAGUAUCAAAGCCAUGAACCGGCGCAGCCGUGUCAUUGCUGUGACUAGACAGGAAGAAGAGCUUCUCGAAGUCAUAAGACAGCACGGCGGGAACAUGCCGCCCAACUUCCCGCUCAUUGACCUCCCCAACCCCGGAACCUCUUUCUUCAACCCAAUGCCAACCACAUUCUCGACGACUGCAACCACUAGCACAUUCCGAAAGUCCCCAACUCCUUCCACCGACCGUCCUCCCUCUAGUCAAUACGGGGGCGGGAGUAUUGGCGACACAUCCUUCCUAGCACUGAGCCCCGGCCUCCCACCAACCAGCGGCAAAGUCGCGGGCAGUACCUCCGCCGCCGGAAGCGACAGCUCCCGCUCCCACCAUGCCCUGUCAGUCUCAGACAGCGGUGGCGACCAUCACUCCAACCCCUCACCGCGUGUCAGCCUUGUGCACUCAGACACGUUUCCCUCACCUUCAGCAAGCUGGACUUCGCCGCGCACACCACAGUAUAACCCCCCGCAAUCACCACAUCAACAACAACAGCAACAGCCACAGAAGCACUAUCAACUGCAUAGUCAACAGCCACAGCCUCGAGAACUUACCAGCCCAAGCGGCGGUAACCGCAACGGCAGUAGCGGAAGCCCGCUCCACCAGCACCACGACUACCAUUUCCCCCUAUCCACAUCAUCGACGCCAUCACCGCUCUCCUCAUCCCCCCUCACCCGAUUCGCCGUUAUUAUCCCCUCCUUCACCUCUACCGUCCGUCACCGCUGCCACUCCAACGACUGCGCCCAAGACCGCCGCUCUGGACGCAGACGUGGUGCUCCCGAUAGAGGAGACGAAGCGACACUCGCGCACGAGGACGGAUAG